GGCGCGCGGCCGGGUCUUGGAGGCGGUGCAGCGCAGCGCAGCGGGUGCGGUUUAGUCGGGCGGCGGCGGUGGCAGUGGCGGCGACGGAGGAGGAUGUGGGCCACGCACGGGCUGGCGGUGGCGCUGGCUCUGAGCGUGCUGCCGGGCAGCCGGGCGCUCCGGCCGGGAGACUGCGAAGUUUGCGUUUCUUAUCUGGGAAGAUUUUACCAGGAUCUCAAAGAGAAAGAUGUCAUAUUCUCACCAGCCACUAUUGAAAAAGAGCUUAUCAAUUUCUGCCGCGAAGCAAGAGGGAAAGAAAAUCGGUUGUGCUACUACAUUGGGGCCACGGAUGAUGCAGCCACCAAGAUCAUAAACGAGGUGUCAAAGCCCCUAGCCCACCACAUUCCUGUGGAGAAGAUCUGUGAGAAGCUCAAGAAGAAGGACAGCCAGAUCUGCGAGCUGAAGUAUGACAAGCAGAUCGACCUGAGCACAGUGGACCUGAAGAAGCUCCGAGUUAAAGAGCUGAAAAAGAUCCUGGACGACUGGGGGGAGACGUGCAAAGGCUGCGCAGAAAAGUCUGACUACAUCCAGAAGAUCAACGAACUAAUGCCGAAAUACGCCCCCAAGGCAGCCAGUUCACGGACUGAUUUGUAGUCUGCCCGAUCCCUGCUGCACUGGAGGGAAAAAAAGCAGUUCCUCUGUCUCUUCCCAAACAGCCUUUUUGUAAUUUAUUUUUUAAUCGGGCUCCUGACAGUGUCAGGUGUGGGGCCUGGAGCUUUCUUGAUUAUGCUGGCUCAACAGCAGCCCGUCGGGGAUUCACUUCAUUCUGUUGCUGGUUUACUCUAGGACUUGAAAGUGUGUCUGGGAUUUUUUUAUUAAAGGAAAAAAAUUUCUAGUUCUUGGAGAAUUAAAAUGAAUACUGAAGUAGGGCUUCACUCCAUAACAAGGACCCCACCAGCUUAUGCUUUCCAGUUUGCAAAGAAUCUUCCAAUA